CAUAAGCCUUUGAGUGGUUGGAGAUACAAACAUUGGUACAGUCACCUUAUCCAGUUUAAGGAUGAUCUGGGGUCUACUGGACAUUCCAUGCGCACGACUAUAGAGAUGGGUCAACUACAUAUUUUCCAAAUUGCAAUAAUACUGGUAAUUCCUUAUACAGACGCAUUGCAGUGUAGAGAUGGAUGGACUGGCUUCGAAGGGUCAUGCUACUAUCUUUCCCAUGGGGUAGCAACAUGGGCGGAAGCUGGAGCGGUCUGUAAGAUGCUUGGAAGCAAUUUAGCUAUGAUAGAAACUGCAGCAGAACUUACUUUCCUAAAAUCUGAAUUACGUCACAUUCAUCAACAUGAUGCUGAUAAAAUGCAAUAUUGGAUUGAUGGGGCCGAUCUAGAGGUAGAAAACGUCUGGAGGUGGACACAAACCGAACAGAUAGUUUCCUUUACGGAGUGGGCUCCAGGAGAACCAAACGCUGGCGAAAACGAUAACUGCAUGAACUUGUGGGGAAAAAGUGGAUUUCGAUACGCCGACAAUGAUUGCGAAGAACACUACCACUAUGUAUGCCAAAUAAGAGAUCCUGAGGGGGGCGAGCUUGUUGGUUAACUGAAAUAGUGUUCUUGAUAAUAAAGUCAAUAACGGCAUAUCAAAAACGUGUUUUGUGAUACGCAUGAUAAAUAAGCCAGUGUGCAUAAUAGCUUGGUCAGAUUUGUCUUGUGCAUGAUCCCUGUUUAUGACGAUGUCAGUGGGUACGUUUGUUUUGUGUUUGCUUCACUAAUGCUGAUAGCGCAAAUUAUAAUACCCGAGAAUAAAUUUGCUGUUUUUAGCAGAUUGUUUCUUCAAUGACCUCCUUUUUUAUUUAUUUUUUACGAAAUUCACGUACACCAGUAACGUAUUUCGUUCAACCAUUU